AUGGCAAUGAGCGAGGUGAAGAUUAUUGAGUUUGAGGAAGGAUGGAAUUUUAUGCAAAAGGGAAUCACUAAAUUGAAGAAAAUUUUAGAAGGAGAAGAGCUUUCUUUCGACUCUAAAGAGUAUAUGAUGCUCUAUACAACUAUAUUUAACAUGUGCACACAGAAUAUGCCGCUGCCAAAUAAUAAUGAUUACUCACAACACUUGUAUGAUAAGCACAGGCAAUCAAUUGUAGACUAUAUCAAUUAUUCAGUUCUGCCCUCUUUACGAGAGAGACACGAUGAGUUCAUAUUGAGGGAGAUUGUGAAAAGAUGGGCGAAUCACAAAACUAUGAUUAGGUGGCUUUCACGCUUCUUCCAUUAUCUGGAACGAUAUUUUAUUGGUCGAAGAUCUCUACCUGGACUUGCUGAAGUUGGUCUGAUGUGCUUUCGUGAUCUGGUUUAUGAGGAGUUGAAGGAUAAAGCUAGAGAUGCAGUUAUUGUCUUGAUUGAACAAGAACGCGAAGGUGAGCAGAUUGACAGAGGUUUAUUGAAGAAUGUGCUUGAUAUAUUCGUUGGAAUUGGAAUGGGGAAUAUGGAGUAUUACGAGAAUGAUUUUGAAGAUGCAAUGCUUAAACAUACUGCAGCUUAUUAUUCUCGAAAAGCUUCAAGUUGGAUUGUGGAAGAUUCGUGUCCUGAUUAUAUGUUGAAGGCAGAGGACUGCUUGAAAAAAGAGAAAGAUAGAGUGUCUCAUUAUCUCCAUGUUGUUAGUGAGACGAAACUUUUAGAGAAAGUGCAAAACGAAUUGUUGGUUGUAUAUACGAAUGAGUUACUUGAGAAGGAGCAUUCUGGAUGUCGAGUAUUGCUUAGAGAUGAUAAGGUAGAGGAUUUAUCUCGAAUGUAUAGGCUAUUCCACAGAAUCGACAAGGGAUUGAAACCUGUUUCAAUUAUGUUUAAGCAGCACGUCGUUGCUGAAGGCAUGGUCUUAGUGCAACAGGCUGAAGAUACGACAAAUAGCAAGUCUGAAACUCCAUUCUUUGUUAGAAAGUUGAUUGAGCUUUACGAUAAGUAUAUGGCUUAUGUUACAAACUGUUUUGCUAAUAACUCUCUGUUUCAUAAGGCUCUCAAGGAGGCAUUUGAGGUGUUUUGUAAUAAGAUUGUAUCUGGUUGUUCAAGUGCAGAGCUCCUUGCUUCUUAUUGUGAUAAUAUUCUUAAAAAAGGUGGAAGUGAAAAACUCAGUGAUGAUGCUAUUGAGGAGACGUUGGAGAAGGUGGUAAAGCUUCUCGCAUACAUUAAUGACAAAGACCUUUUCGCGGAGUUCUGCAGGAAGAAGCUUUCUCGUAGAUUACUCUUUGAUAAAAGUGCGAAUGAUGACCACGAAAGGCUAAUCUUAACAAAGCUAAAGCAACAGUGUGGUGGACAGUUUACAUCAAAAAUGGAGGGAAUGCUGACAGACUUGACUUUGGCUAAGGAAAAUCAGAACAAUUUUCAAGAAUAUCUCAGCAACAACUCGAGUCCUGGAAUUGAUUUCUCUGUCACAGUUCUUACAAGUGGGUUCUGGCCUAGUUAUAAAUCUUGUGAUUUGAGUCUCCCUGUGGAGAUGGCUAAGUGUGUACAAGUCUUCAACGAAUUCUAUCAGACAAAAACGAAACACAGGAAAUUGACAUGGAUUUAUUCAUUGGGUACGUGCAACGUCAAUGGGAAGUUUGAUUCAAAAACAAUUGAACUGAUUCUGGGAACAUAUCAGGCUGCUGUUCUGUUAUUGUUUAAUUCGUCAGAUAGAUUGAGUUACUCAGAAAUCAAAAGUCAGUUAAAUUUGGCUGAUGAUGACUUGAUCAGAUUGCUUCAAUCCCUUUCAUGUGCCAAGUAUAAAAUUCUGAUUAAGGAGCCUAGUAAUACAACUGUUUCGUCAUCUGAUCAUUUUGAAUUCAACUCCAAGUUCACUGACAGGAUGAGACGGAUUAGGGUCCCAUUACCUCCUGUGGAUGAAAGGAAAAAGGUGGUCGAGGAUGUAGGCAAAGAUAGACGUUAUGCAAUUGAUGCUUGUAUUGUGCGUAUUAUGAAGAGUCGGAAAGUUCUUCCUCAUCAACAACUAGUAGCAGAGUGUGUUGAGCAUUUGAGCUCAAUGUUUAAGCCUGACUUAAAAGCAAUCAAAAAACAAAUGGAAGAUCUCAUCACUAGAGAUUACUUGGAAAGAGACCAAGAGAACCCAAAUUUGUUCAAGUAUUUAGCCUAA